AUGCAGAGCAAGCGAGCACGGGCGAAAAUCCCCCAGAACUAUAAAGAGGAAAAUCCUGGAGUUUGUCUGCUGACAGUCCAUGGUGUAUGUGGAGCCAGGCUGGUGACCGCCGUCAGGGCAGCGCUGGUGAAGGGACGCAGCAGCGGAGAGGCAGUGUACGCCGCAGCUGAGGAGACGACAAAGGAGCUGAAGGAGAGGAUCUGCCAGCUACACCAGAUCCAGAAACAGAUUGCUAAUGGAAGCGGGACAGGGAUAAGCCCUGCCAGGCCAAAGCCUUAUGCAGUCAAUCACUGCACUGCGUACGGAGGUCGGGACACUGUGAAGGUACUGAUGGCUCUGCUGGAUGAAGAGGCGCUGACUCCUCUGUGUCAGAACAAGGCAGACCUGCUGUCUGAGGACCAGCCCGUCCUCAGUGGAGCAGAGGGAACCUGCGUCCUCGACUUGUUCAGAUCCCCUGAAGUGUCUACUGGAUGUUCUCCAGAACCUCUAAAGAACCGGGUCCAGAGCCGGCUAGACCUGCUCAAACCCAAGCCCAGAGACAAAGUCAUUCGAUCCCAGUUUGCGUGCACGUACAAAGAUGAAGAACUGCCACUCAACCGGGUGCUGGAGUUCCCCAGCACCAGCCAGGUCCCAACCUGUGUGCACCCAGCACCCAAACUCCAAACCCUCCCAGCUGUGGAUGAAGACUGCAGCUCUGAUGUGGAGGAGUCAACCCAAGUCUUUCCAGCCAAGUCUACAUCUGAAUGCCCGAAUAAGGAGCAGAGCAGCAUGCAGCGGGGGGCUGCUCUGGCGCCAAGAAGUGGAAAUGCCCAAAACAGAGGUGCAGGCUCGGGCAAUAGGAAGAAAACCGCUGGCAAUGAGACGCAGAGAAAGGGCAACAAGAGGAAGCAGCAGGUGGAGUCAGAGCAACAUGGAGGUUCAGAGAACGAGCCUCCAGAGAAGAAGCAGCUCACUAGUGUCUCGGUCAAAGUGCCUGGCAAGAAUGUCGGCAAGGCCUCCAGUAAGAAGAAGCUGAUAGCUGGACAGGGAAAGCUAACCAGCUUCUUCAGAGUCUAAUGGUUGUUUGUACUGGUUUCAUGAUGGUACAGUGCGAGAACUUUCUGUCAAGCUGUGUUCAUACGAAGCAGCUGCAAUUUUUUUUGAAAAAUUUUGUGUAGUACAUUAAUAUUCUAAUUAAGGCUGCUUUUAAUGAUGAUUUUUAGUCCGAGUUAAUCUGUUGACUGUUGUUUUAACAAAUACUUUUUGGGAAAUUUGCUUACUUGCUGAGAGUUUGAUGAAUCUAUGCUAAAUAUAAAGCUACAGCUAGCAAAUGAUAAGCUUAUUUUAGCAUUAAGCAGAGCUAAAAAGCUAGCCUGGCUCUGAUAAUUGAGAUAUAACAAGUUAAUUAGUACAAUUUAGAGGUGCUAGGCACAUUUUUAAAACUUUAGACAGAGCUGGGCAAACUGUUUCCCUCCAGUUUCUAUGCUAAGCUAACUGGCUAAGAGUAGCAUUUAGCAUACAGAUCAAUUUUUGUAUGAAGUAGACAAGAUUUAACAAGUUAAUUAGUAAAAUUUAGAGGUGCUACUGAGUGCCUGGUGUUGUCCCAAGUUUUAAAAAUCCAAACUGCAAUUCCAGUUUCUAAGCUAAAAUAAGCUAUCAGUUAGCAGCUAACAGACUAGCAAUAGCACUUACCAUACAGAUCAUUUUUGGUUUGUAUUAGUUAGCUUUGGAGAUUCUGGUUGGAAGCUUUUUUUUUUUUUUUUUUUUUUUAAACUUUUUUAAACAGAGCCAGGUUAACAGUUUCCCCUAAUUUCCACUCUUUAUGCUAGGAUAAGCUAAUUGGCUAAUGGAUGCAAUUAAUGAUGAUUUUCAGCCUGUUGUUUCAAAGAAUACUUUUUGAGAAAUACAUUCAUUUGCUGACUUUCUCAGAGUUAGAUGACUAUGUGAAAUAUGAAACUGGAGCUUGCAGGGCAUUGCCCUAAACUACGCUAAGUGGCUAGCAGUAGCAUUUAGCACAUAGAUCAAGUUUUGGACGCAUUAAACAAGAUAUAACAAGUUAAUUGGUAAAAAUUUAGAGCUGCUAGUGAGCGGAUUUUUCAAACUGUUUCCCCCGAAUUCUGCUUUUUAUGCUAAACUGGCUAACUGGCUUUUUAUGCUAAACUAGCUAACUGGCUACAAGUUAAGCUAACUGCCUGGUAGCUGUAGCUUCAUACACAGCAGAGUGCUAUCAAUCUUCCCAUUUAACUCUCAGCAAAAUCCUAAAAUGUCAAACUAUUAAUUUAAUCAUUAAGUCUAUAAAAUGUGGAGGAAAAGCACAAAGUCUUUACAUUUGAGAAGCAAGAACCAGCAAAUUAUCUAGCUUUUUCUUUCUUUAAAAAGGACAUGAACGUCUAAUCGCUAAUCAAAAUUAUUGAUUAAUUUUCUGUUGAUUAACUAAGCAAUAUAUUGUUUCCACACUAGUUUAACUGCUAUUUUUACCUGUUUAGCAGUGUGGAAAAUGUGGGUGGCCACAAUGUGAAUAAUCAGUAUGACAGCACAUCAUUGGGAAAUUGGUUAAUACACUUUCUUUCAUCGAGACAAGUCCUGCUUUGUGCUUGAAAUGUAGCCUAUUUAAUCAUUAGUUGUACACUUUAUUUAACUUGUAAAAUUCCACAGCGAAAGUAACUUUGUAAAUACGAUGCACACUUUUCACUUUUAAUAAACUUUUUUAUUUUGUUUUA